AUGGCUAAGGAUACUGAAGUCGUCCAAACUACUAUAGCAGAGAAGGCUUCUGAAGCUGCGAAUUCUGGUAAGACUCUUUUCUUGACUCCACGCGAAGUCGAAGCCUGGAAAUACAAAUAUUCUCGUGAUUCGAUGUACCUAAAAGAACACUCAAAACUACCCGUGGACGACAUUCUCUCGUGGUUCUUUCUUUUUGAGAGAACAUAUAUGGACGGCACCCAUUGCUUGGAUUAUCAGCGGGACCCAUUUAAAGAUUACAGCGAGAACGUAGGCAUAAAUUUGUCAGCAGAACUUUCGAUCGCUUCAAAACCCUGCUUUGUUGGCCCAGGAGGGAGAGAAGAGCUUGCGAAAGAGUGGUAUCUAUGUGCAGUUUCAAGUAUUGAAAAGCUCAAUGAUGCAAAGCUUUGGCAAGUUGAUGUCACUUUGAGCAGCAGGGAAGCACGUGUUCUUGUGGUUCAAGGGGCAUUGUUACCGUGUUCCAAAGAGGGCGAGGCGAGAUUACCGAGAAACGCAGCCAGAAAAAAAUACAUGGAGAUCGCUGCAUUUGAGCCUGAAAAUGUUCUCCCUCAAUACUUGUACCAGCGCCUAACCUUAGCCAUGAAGAAUAACGCCGAUAUUACAUUUACGAGCGACGAGGCUGCAUCAGUCCUCAUGAUUUCGAGAAACACCCCGAUCCCCAAAUCAGACCCGUCGAUCGAAUUUCCUGCAAAAGCUGUCGAGUAUCAUGAAGGCAAUAACGAAAUAGUUCCACCAGAAUGGGUAAAGAGGGCCAUUGAAGCACAAGUAAAGUCAGGACAGGAAGAGCCCAAGAGAUUUGAGAACGGGUAUCCUCUAACGAUAAAGACCCCGGAACAGAGGAAACAAUGGAGCCAGGAGGAGAAAGACAGAUUGAUAUUACUAGGUCAUACUGAGUUGGCCUUCGUUAGAAAGCCUCCCAAGGAGAAGGUGUUGAAAAGCAAAGUUAACAUCAAGGACAUCGGAGCUAUCAUUGAAACAAACGCUGAAGAGUCUUCUGAAGCAGAUGAAAGCUCCUCAGAAGAAGCUGAAGAUAGAGCCAAGGACAACUUGUUAUCCUCAUUGGGCAAGAAACUCGCCGCUAAAGAACGACAAAUAGCUGAAAACAAGCUAGAAUCUGCAUUGGUAACGACGAAAGAGAAACCUGACAAAGCACUGAAAGAACCAGACAAGGUCCGAAGUGAAUGGUCUGCCAAGAUACAGCGUCUACACGAAAAUAUAUCCAAGCUACAGCAGGAAUUAAAGGCCGAACAAGAUGCGCACAACAUUACCAAGCUCGAUAGUGCGGAAACGACCAACAAACUUUCUCGACACAAGACAGCACAUGAGCGCUUUGUUGAAAAGGCGACUGAUCUCAAGAAAGAACAAGAUGAAGCACGACAAGAAGUAGAUAUAUUACGUGCUUCUCGUAUCAGCCAGGCUCAAAUCGACGAUACAAAGGCUAGUGAAAUAGCUCGUGCGGUUGAGGAAUCUGCGAAGCCCCUGAAGGCUACGAUUGCCACUCUGGAAACAACAAUCUCGAUGCUCAAAGACGAGGCGAGGAUGAAGAAGAGUCAAGAAAGCGUAGCCGCGCUUCAAGAGGCUAAAGAGUUUGGUCUUCUCAAAGCAAGAUACAGGGGAUUGAACGAAGCUAUAAUCAAGGAACGCAAUGGUCGAGCACAGGACGCAGUAUCUCGGAGAGGCACUGAGAGCGACCUUCAAAGAUAA